UGUCGUCAGCCGAGCUGUCAAGACGUUUUACUUUUGAGAGAAUGUAGAAACAAUUGAUUUUACACGUUUUAUAUUGUUGUUUUUCUGAGAUUAUUUACUUUGUUUAUGAAGAUUACAUACUUGGCCGUUUAACUGUCGCGAUGGCAGCCACGGCCGAACCUGAGCUGUCGGUGGUCGAGCUGAAGGCGGAGAUAGAAAGACUGAGCCGCGAACUCGACCAGGCCAGCAGCGAAAAGAUACAGUCAGCCCAGCUCGGGCUGGUGCUCCUCGAGGAGAAGAGCGCAUUACAGCAAAGAUAUGACGAACUUGAGGGAAUAUACGAGAACACAAGACACGACUUGAAAAUCACCCAAGAGGCCCUUAUGAAACUAGAUACAACACAGAAGGUGACCACGCGAAGUGGUAUAGAACAAGAAAAUGCCCUCCUUAAUGAGUCCGCCGCAAUGGAGAGCUCACUCACACUUCAGAUAUUGGAAUUGGAAGGCGAGACGAAACAGCUGCGACACGAGCUGGAGCGCGUGGUGAGCGAGCGCGACCGCCUGCUCGCAGAGAGUUCAGAGCUGGGGGCGGACAAGGCGAGCCGCGAGUCAGAGCGUGUAGCACUCCGCGCGGAACUGCGCGAGGCCAGACAGCGGGAACAACGACUCCUCGUCGACAUCGGCGACCUCGAGGACGAGAACAUAUCGCUACAAAAACAAGUAUCCGCACUACGAUCCUCGCAGGUGGAGUUUGAAGGUUUAAAGCAUGAAGUCCGUCAGCUACGUGAAGAGGCUGAGAAUGCUCGUGCAGCUGCUGAGGAGACGGCAGCAUUGCGACGCAUCGCUGAGCGGCAGCUGGCCGAAGCGCUGGAAGCGCUGCAGGCCGAGCGGGAAGCUAAAUUUGCAGCCAAGAAAGAGCUUGAUGCACACCUUAGUAGAGAGGCUGCAUACAAUAUCACUAACUUGGCGUACAGUAUACGAGGUAUGCCAGAAGAUAGCACAGAGGAUGAAGGUGAACCGGGCGGAUCGAACGCCGCAGAACUUGCGACUGCUAUGGGUGAUCACCACGCCGAUCUCUUCUCAGAAGUGCAUUUGCAUGAAAUCACACGUCUCGAGAAACAGCUCGAGCAGGCACACAAUGAAAACACUCAACUGUCGGCGUCGAUGCGUGCUGCGCAAGCAACGGCGGAGAACGAAGGCGCGGCGGCUGCUUUACUGCGAGCCGGACUUGUGCGGGCCGCCAGCCGCCUCACAGCGCUUCACGCGCUGCACGGGGACUGCGCGCCGCUGGAGGACGAGAAGGAGAAGUCGUCGGGCGGCGUGAGCGCGCGCGCGGCGCGGUGGUUGACGUGGUGGCGCGUGUCGGGCGGCGAGGUGAGCGCGCUGGCGGCGCAGCUGGCCGAGCUGCAGGCGGCCGCCGCGCCCGCCGACGGCUCGCCCGCCGCGCUGGCGCGCCACGCGCUCGCGCAGCUCGCCGACCGCGUCGCCGAGGCGGAGGUGCGCGCCGCCGCGCUGCACGCCGACGCGGAGCUGCUGCGCACGCUCGCCGGAGGCGCGGGACGAGCAUUGUCGACUGCUGCGCCGGCGCUCGCGUCGGCCGCAGAAACAUUGGCACAGAUUUAUCACCACGUGUGCGCCGUCAACGGAACGCAACCUGAGCGGCUUCUUCUCGAGCACGCCGGCCAGACUGAUGUGGGCGGCGGCGAGGGUCGGUCGGUGGAGGACGAGGCGCUGGCGCUGGCGGCCGGCGAGCUGGAGGGACUGCGCGCCGCCGGCGGCGUGGCGCGCUCCGCAGACACGCUGCUCGACCAGCUCACGCACCUGCGGGCCGCGCUCGACACCGCGCUCGACUCGCGCAACCGGCACCAGCCCGUCAUGGAAACCGAAGAACGCGGUGCCGAAAUGGCAGAACUCCAAGAGCAAGUGAUAAAACUCAAGUCACUGCUGUCGACGAAGCGCGAACAGAUCGCCACCCUGCGAACGGUGCUCAAGUCCAACAAGAACACCGCGGAGGUGGCGCUCGCCAACCUCAAGUCCAAGUACGAAACGGAGAAGACCAUCGUCACGGAGACCAUGCUCAAGCUCAGAAACGAGCUCAGGCUGCUCAAGGAGGAUGCUGCAACGUUCUCAAGUUUACGUGCAAUGUUCGCGGCCCGCUGCGAGGAGUACGUUACGCAGGUGGAUGAGCUGACCCAGUCGUUGUCCGGCGCCGAGGAAGAGAAGAAGACUCUCAACCAGCUGUUGCGGCUCGCUGUACAACAGAAACUGGCGCUCACGCAGAGACUCGAGGAGCUUGAGGUGGACCGCGAGAUGCGCACGCGGCGCGUGCCGAAGGCGGCGGGCGCGACGCGGGCGCGCGGCCGGGAGUUCUAGCGGCUGGUGACGGCG